CAGUACAGUCGACCCUACGCAUUAGUGCCGCCCUGUGUAAGGACUAAUAAUACGGCACUAAUUCGGAGCGGCACAAUCAGAAAGCAGAAUCACUACCCGGCCAGAACUCGGUUAUUAGAGUCUGCGCUGUUGUUGCCUUUGACCCUGUCUCUCAUGCCUACUGUACGUGUAGCUUCUAGAAAAGCUCGUUUUGCGGACCUCAAAUGUGAAAAGGCAUUGCUCACAGCGCACUCUACACCCAGACUCUCCAAAGACCCAAACAACCUUGCUACAGUAGCACUACAGCACUCGGUACGGCCCGCCUCUCCGUAAUUUCACACUCGUCUUCUGCCACACAAUCAUCCAUCAUAGCAUCACUGGCAGACUGAUUCUGUAGCUCUCCACCAUAAUGUAUUGAAUCGCAAGCAUCACUAAUAGAAGCUUCUGCCACAAGCUCAUUAGUCUCGAUCUCAGUCCAUUCCUCCACAUCUUUCCUGCAGAAUUCUGCAGUUUCUGCAAGGCCGUCUUCUGACACCAGGCUCAGUCGGGAGAGAAACCCUACUAUACCAUCCACCAUAGAUUUAUCAAGUUCUGUUUCAUUUCGACCAACUUUCCGACCUGCAGCAGAUGCCCAACCUCGAUUUUCUGUGCAAUCGUAAGGCGCGUACGCUUCGCUUUGGCGAUCUUUUCAGGAUUCAUGUUAGGGUCUUUGAGUGAGGUGCCAUCACGUCACCAAUUGAGCUGAGGCGCAUGAGGAGUGGCCGAUGACGACGUCGUGCAUGACACGUGGCAGAACCUGUGUCUGCCGGUUUUGGCGGCACUAAUUCGAGGGUGGCAAUAAUGAAAGCGGCACUAUUGCGCGUCCCCCCCCUGUACAUGGAAGAGUUUUCCAUCUGGAAGAGAUUUCUUCCAUUUUGCAGUUCAGAAAUUCCGCACUUGCAAGUAUUCCACGUCGGUACAUCCAAAUUUCGCAUACAUGGAAGAGGUCUAUUCCAUGUAUUGGUUGAGGGUUAAAGAGCGAGUUCACGUGAAGAUCCUGAAUGCACACCGUUGGACCCCAAAUGGUCUGAAAGGGGUUGGGUAAUUACAACGGGCUGCGCAGUAAGCAGCAGCUCGGGUUUGUAUGUUGUAAUAGUGUGCAACGUGUCGAGCAUCGGGAGGAGAGAAGGCGAUCUGGGAGGGCACAUCUGCCGCCCUGGGUGGCCAUUGCUGUAGCUCCCAAGAUAUUGGUCGAACCGAUGCUUCGCUCGCGCCUCCCAAGCCCCAAUAAAAAUGCAUCUCCGCGUCCCCAUGUUUUUUUCUCUUCCCAGAACACCACGCCUCUCCGCCACCUUAUCCCUGGCAUCCCUCCGCCACCGCUACCUCUACCCACCCACCCCCCCCCCCUCCACCCUCUCCCUUUCCCCCCUAAGCGCCCACCAUGACCGUCCCGGCCUUUCUCCCGUCCAUGUGCAGCGCGGCACCCACGCCUCCCUCCUCCACGCGCGCGUCGCGCCGCCCCCCGCGCGCCAAGAAGCGCACACGCAAGCGCGCGCGCCCGUCGCAGCUGACGCGCAAGUACCGCGACACGCGGGACCCCGCCGAUGAGUCGCUGAUGGUGGGCGAUCCGGCCCUACCCGCGUACCCAUCGCGCGCGCCGGCCGUCCGCUUUUCUCGCUUUCCCGGCUCGUGGGAGGAGACCGCCGCGCAGGUGUCGCGCGCCGUCGUCCACGCCGCCCUCGAGGGGCACGACCGCAUCCGCGUCGACGUCAAGCGCCCCGAGCUGCUCGUCAACGAGUUCCCGGACCCAUUGCGCAAGGACGUGCCGCUGCUCGAUACCUCCCCGCACGCGUGCCGCGUCGCCCUGCUCACACAGGUCGCGUGCGAUACUAUUUACGCGCUCAUUCAGUUGGAUCACUCAGAUAAGCGCAACUAUAGGCUCUGCGUUAAGCCUAUGAGGGCCGCUGUUCAUUUUAAUAGCCGCGAGGACGCGCUUGUGGGAGACCGCUUCAUCUCGGAUGAGGUCCGUCAGUUUACUGAUGUGUUUGUCCUGGGAGAGAAGAAGAAGGAUCGUCCCAAAGCGGAUAUCGCCGUCAUGAUCGCCCCCACCAAUCGCCAGGGUAAUUUUGCACAGAUUGAGAAAGUCGAGCUCGUGCAUUACGCCAACUGGUCCGCUCCCAAGAUCAAUGUCAUGUUCAAUCCGCAGCUCAUCGCGCUCACCAGUCUCACCGCCUUCGGCGAUGAGCCGCGCGAGCCGGGUUUUCUCAGAGACUACUUGCGCUCAUACUACCUAGACGCGGCCGCUUUUCCAUCCAAGACGGCCACGGGUGCCGUCCUUAGGUGCUUUCCGAGAAAGUGGGAGAUGUACUUGCUCAAGGUCCAGAGUAAGAUGGGCUUUAGGCUCGUGGCUGAGCAACCCGCCCCACCGUCCCCAGAGAAGAUCCGCGGUGAGUUUUCGUGGCGUAUUGAGUCGGAAAUGGAGACGGCUGUUUCGUUUUGA